AUGGAUGACAAUCUUUCAUCUUAUCUUGCAACAGUUGGUGUAUCAGCACUAAAUCGUUAUGGAGUUUUAUUUCUUUUAAUUGUUGGUACUUUGGGAAACUUAUUAAAUGUUUAUGUCUUUAGUCGACCACAUCUUCGUCAUAAUACUUGUGUUUUAUGCUUAUUAUUAUCAAGUUUUCUUAAUUUUCUUGUACUGAUAUUUGGAGUUUUUAUACGAUGUUUAAUUGGUUAUAAUAUCGAUUUAACAUAUAAUUCAUCAAUAUUUUGUAAAAUACGUCAUUAUGUUAUAUAUGCAUCUCAAUCGGUAUCUCUUUGGCUGAUUGUAUUAGCUUGUAUCGAUAGAUAUCUAUCAUCAUCGUCAAAUAUUGUUCAUCAUCGAUGGAUAAAUCGACGAAAAGUUUUUUCUAUUGUAUCAUGUAUAUCAAUAUUGACUUCAUUAAGUUAUAUUGAAGUAUUUUUUUGUUUUGAAGCAUCACUGAUAACUAAUAAUAUUUGUUCAGCUAAAAAUCAAUUAUGUUCAUAUAUAGAUACAGCUAACUUUUUAAUAUUUAAUAGUUUUUUACCACCAAGUCUAAUGCUAAGCUUUGGUGCAGCUAUGUUAAUUAAUAUAAAACAAAGUUAUCAACGUGUUGAAGAUAUUCAAUCAAAUACGCGAUCUAUACAUAGAAUAAAUCGACGUGAUAGACAACUUAUAUCAAUAUUAUUACUUGAAGUAGCUUUAAUUGUUGUAAGUAUGUUUCCUAUAACUAUAGUCAAAUUUUAUCAAGCAACAACAAGUGUAAUAAGAAAAUCACAGCAACAAAUGAAUAAUGAAUAUUUUGUUUCUCAAGUUUCAAUAGUUGUUUCAUAUAUUAAUUCAAGUGGAAUGUUUUUUAUAUAUACCAUUCGUGGUACAAUUUUUCGUAUUGAACUUAUUCGACUUUUUGAUCGUCUACUAUGUUGUCAUCAACAAAAUCAAUUACGUCAGCGAAUACUACACAUGAUUUGUAUUCAUCCUAUAGAACGUUUUUGA